UGAUAAAUACAAUCUUCCUUUCUAUAAAAGUCUGAGACGAAGCAGAGUAAGUUGGCAGCAAGAGAUCAGCGAAGCAACUGAAGCAGCCAUGGCUUCCUCCGAUCUCUCCACCAUCCUUCCCCGCGUCAUCAUCGUCUCUCGCAGAUGCGUUCGUAAGAACAAAUUCGUGGAUUUUGUCGGAGAAUACCACCUGGAUCUUAUCCUCCGCUACGGCGCGGUUCCCAUCAUCGUCCCCCGCGUCGCCGGAGUUCAUCUCCUACUCGAAAGCUUCGAGCCAAUUCAUGGCGUCCUACUCUGCGAAGGCGAAGACAUCGAUCCUUCCCACUACUCCUCCAACCCCUCCGACUUCCUUUCUCCAUCCGACCUCCAUGAAAUCGGCCUCACCCAUUCCUCUGACACUGCAACAGAUCCUUCAAAAGACUCCAUCGAACUUCGUCUCUCCCACCUCUGCCUCUCCCGCGGCAUUCCCUUCCUCGGCAUUUGCAGGGGAUCUCAGAUCCUCAACGUCUCCUGCGGCGGAACCCUGUACUGCGACGUCGGAAAAGAGUUGCGGCAUUUCGUCGAACAUGUCGACUACCAGAACUAUGAUGGACAUAGGCAUGCUGUGGACGUGGUGGAUGGGACGCCAUUGAAAGAGUGGUUUGGGGAGAAGGAGAUAUUGGUGAAUAGUUAUCAUCAUCAAGGAGUUAAGAGAUUGGCGGAAAGAUUUCGGGUUAUGGCUUUGGCUAAGGAUGGUUUGGUGGAAGGGUUUUAUGAUCCGGAGGUGUUUGAUGUGGAAAAGGGGAAGUUUUUGAUGGGAUUGCAGUUUCAUCCGGAGAGGAUGAGGAAGAAUGGGUCGGAUGAGUUUGAUUAUCCGGGUUGCGCCAGGGCUUAUCAGGAGUUUGUGAAGGCAGUGGCAGCUUAUCAGAGGAAGGUUAAUGGUGCGAUAAAUCAGAAGGUUGCCAGAACUCCAAGAUUUGAUCAGGAGAUGGAGGAGAAGAGGAGGGUGAUUGUUAGAAGUUUCGCCAUUGCGAAGGACCUGUAUGUUGGAAGGCAUGACAGGCCGAUACUUGAGAAAUCUGAUCUGGAACCUGGAGCAGAGUUCCUUGAG